AUGGGUAUUAAACAUCUGUACCAAGUGAUCUCCGAGAAUGCCCCCGAUGCGAUCAAGACGGGUGAGAUCAAGAACCACUUCGGCCGCAAGGUCGCAAUUGAUGCGUCGAUGAGCAUCUACAGUUUCCUGAUCGCCGUGCGCUCGGAGGGUCAACAGCUCAUGAGUGAGUCUGGCGAGACCACAUCCCACCUGAUGGGCAUGUUCUACCGCACUCUGCGAAUGGUGGAUAACGGUAUUAAACCUCUUUACGUUUUCGACGGAGCUCCGCCGAAGCUCAAGUCUGGUGAAUUGGCCAAGCGUGUUGCACGCAAGGCUGAAGCAACCGAGGCCCAUGAAGAGGCCAAAGAAACUGGAACUGCGGAAGAUAUCGAAAAGUUCUCACGACGGACUGUCCGCGUCACCCGUGAACACAAUGCGGAAUGCAAGAAGCUCCUUGGACUGAUGGGAAUUCCUUUCAUCAAUGCGCCGACGGAAGCCGAAGCCCAGUGUGCUGUCCUGGCUCGUGCGGGCAAGGUGUACGCAGCCGCAUCAGAGGAUAUGGAUACAUUGUGCUUUGAAUCGCCGAUUCUCCUGCGCCACUUGACGUUCAGUGAGCAGCGCAAGGAACCUAUCCAGGAGAUCCACUUGGAUCGAGCGCUUGAGGGCCUCGACAUGGACCGCCCACAGUUCAUCGAUCUCUGCAUUCUUCUAGGCUGUGAUUACCUAGAGCCUAUUCCCAAGGUGGGAGCCACCACUGCCCUCAGCCUAAUCAAGGAGCACAAGUCUCUGGAGAAGGUUUUGGAGUUCAUGAAGAACGACCCGAAGAAGAAAUUCGUAGUUCCCGAGGACUGGCCAUACGAAGAUGCACGAGAACUUUUUGUUAACCCAGACGUCCGGCCUGCCGACCACGCUGAAUGCGACUUCAAGUGGGAAGCUCCCAACAUUGAGGGCCUGGUUGAGUUCCUGGUUGGGGACAAGGGCUUCAAUGAAGACCGUGUGCGCAACGGUGCCGCUCGUCUGUCGAAGCACCUCAAGACCGCUCAGCAAUCCCGACUAGAGGGAUUCUUCAAGCCCGUCGCCCGCACUGAGGACGAGAAAGCAUCUCUCAAGCGCAAACACGACGAGAAGCUGCAGCAACAAAAGAAGAAAAAGAAGGAAGAUGCCAAGGCCAAGAAGGAAGCCAAGGCGAAGCCGCGUGGAGCGGCCUAG